AUGGGUGCAAGUACGUGGAUCGAUGAUCACAUUCAUCAGAUCUUUUUUCGUUUCGGUUUGAUUUGUCAUCGUUACCGCUUACCAUUGUUGAUCGCUUCAAUCAUUUUCACAUGUAUUUCAUCAAUUGGAUUGAUAUGGAUUGAAAAACAAACGACAAAUGAUCCAGAGUACGUCUUUUCACCUGAAGGAGCACCAUGGAGAAAAGAAAGAGCUAUUUUAUCUCAAAAUUGGCCGCUUGAUGAGGAAAGAUUUUGGCCAGGGAAGAGCUACGACUUGAAAGGAUUCGUUGAUGUGAUAGUUGCCGGCAAUGUGAUCGAUGAGUGGGGUCGACCGAACAUUUUGAGUCUUCGCUAUUUGGAUGAAGUGGCAAGGGUUAAUGAUUACAUCAUUCACAAUCUCACCAUUCCAAUCAAUAUUGAUGGGAAGAAAUAUGAGGCCGGUUACAUUGAUUUGUGCAUGCGAUUUGAGUGGAAAUGCUUCUUCAACGAUCACCUCACAAUGUUAAUGCCAAAAUCGAGAUGGGGAAAUUUCUCAGCAGCGAUCGCUGAAUUCGCUCACGAUAUCAUCACGAAAGAAGUGAAUAUCACGUAUCCGAUUGGUUGGAAAGGAACAGAGCCAAUCUAUUUCGGUGCACUUGUCGGUGGCCCACAUCUCAAAGACGAGGAAGGUCAUUUCGAUUACGCGAAAGCCAUUCGUCUCACUUAUAACACUCGAGAGGAAAAGAUUGGGAACAUCAGUUACUUGUGGAGAAAAAAGCUCACCGACUACCUUACGAGUAAACGAAAUCCACCAUCAGAACUCCUUGACAUCGGCAUGUUCCACAAUGAAUCUCUUCCUGAGGGUCUACAAGAUGUCGCUGAUGCACUCACUCCAAAAUUUAUCGGCACUUGCACAAUUCUGAUCAUUUUUUGUUAUUCGGUCUCCAUUGUGCUGAUUCGACACGAAAAUGGAGUGCUGGCGAUCGAUUGGGUCAGAAGUAAACCGAUCGUCGCUUUUGCAGGCCUGAUGUGUCCAUUGAUGGCUGUCGCCACCUCGUUCGGCCUUGUCCUCUGGUUUGGCGCUCUCUAUAAUGCCAUCGUCAACGUAUCCCCGUUUCUUGUGCUAGCUAUCGGCAUCGAUGAUAUGUUCAUUAUGGUGGCUGUCUGGCAUCGCACAAAUCCCGAAUUGAGUCCAGCAAGACGAAUGGCUGAAACACUGCAAGAAGCCGCUGUGGCCAUCACAAUAACUUCAGUCACUGAUAUUACAACCUUCGCCAUCGGAAUGUUCACCCCUCUGCCGGGUGUUCGAAUGUUCUGUUUGUACACGUGUGUUCAAGUCAUUUUCACAUACAUCUAUCAAUUGACAUUUUUCUCACCCAUCUUAGCCUAUUCAGCCGAAAUGGAAGACCAAGGGAAACAUUCACUUUUCUUCACGAAAGCUCUCGAACCAUCGCAAGCUGAUGCAAAUUGGAAACUUCAUUUCCUCGCUGGAUCAGUGUCUCGAAAGGCUUCGUUUAAAAAGAAAGUUUCCAUCAAAUUGCAUACAGAUGAAGAAGGGAAAACUGAAGAAAAAGGAUGGAUCGGGAAAGUGAAUGGAGCGUUGAGGAAAUUGGAGACAAAAUUGGAACAUCAUGAGAGUGAUAUCGAGGGAAUCAAACGAGAGGACACGAUGGUGAAUCGCUUAUUCAAAGAAAUCAUUGGGCCGUUCAUUCUCGAGAAAACCACUCAAUGGUGUGCGCUAGCGAUUUUCUGUAUUUACCUCGGUUUCGCCAUUCUUGGAUGUUGUCAGAUACGAGAAGGAUUGAGCCCAAGGUUCCUUGUUCGAGAUAGUUUCUACUUGAGCAACUUCUACAAAUUGAUCGAUGAGACAUUUUGGAAUGAGGGUCUUCAAAUGCAAGUUAUCGUCUCGGAGCCGCCUGAUUUCUCGGAUCCGGCUGAAAGAGCCGAAUUCUCAUCCCUAGUCCGCUCAUUCGAGCACACCGAGUACACAAUGGGACACAAUGCGACAAUGCUCUGGUUGACAGCAUAUGAAAGAUAUUUGAGGGAACAACAAGAAGAAAAUCAUAUCGAAAAACCGACAAAUAAAAGUGAAUGGUACAAGCGAUGCAAAGAAUGGGUGUUAAUUGCCGGUGGGAGACGGCUCUGGGAAAUGGAUAUGGUUUGGGGAGCCGGAGCGGAUCAAUACACAUUGAAAGCCUUCCGCUUCCAAGUCGGUCUCCGUCACUACAACACCCCGGUCGAUCACACGAACAGCUGUAAAUUGAUGCGUUCAAUUGCGGCUCAAUUUGUCAAAUUCAACGUCACCACUUUCCAUGAGUACUAUCCAUUUGCGGAUCAGUACCUCGAAUUGAAACCCUCAUUGACGAGAAAUUUCGUGAUGGGUUUAUUGUCGAUGUUCAUUGUGACAGUGAUCAUGAUUCCUGAUUGGAGGGCAGCGCUGGCUGUGGUUUUGGCAAUUGGGAGUAUAAAUAUUGGUGUUCUUGGCUACAUGACUUUCUGGGGAGUGAAUCUCGAUUCAGUUUCGGUGAUCACCGUGAUUAUGUGUGUUGGAUUCGCGGUCGAUCUCUCGGCACAUAUCGCCUAUGCGUAUUCACAGUCUUACGGUACAGCACACGAGCGAGCGGUCGAAUCCCUUGAGGCGCUUGGAUGGCCGGUGUUUCUGGGUGCAUCCUCGACAAUUCUCGGCAUUUGUGUGCUCACUUUAGUCGAUUCGUACAUUGUUCAAAUCUUCUUCAAAACCGUUUUCCUUGUCAUUUCAUUCAGUAUGCUACACGGUCUUUUAUUCCUCCCAAUCAUUUUAAUGUUCAUCAUACCAGAAGAGAGACGACGAACAACCCAGAAGCAACUCCAUCCAUCAGUGAAUGCAAUAGAAGCUGAUAUUGAAUUCCCACCGCGUUUUGACUCGUCAAAGUCGGGCUCAAGUCCGUCGUCGAGGAAAAAUUCGGGUGAUUUAACAAGAAGUGACAACGAUCCUGAGGAGAAACUUCAAAGGAGAAGUAGAGCCUCAUCAUUAGCAUCUCUAAAGCAAACGCUCGAGACAAUUGGUGAAGGAAGCGAAGAUGAAGAGAGUGAAACUGAACAUGAAAUCGACGAACAAAAGGAAAAACCAGACAAUCCACCAAAAGAUGUAGAAGUUGGAAAGGAAACUACUAAACAAACU